GGCGGCAGCACUUGCGAUGCCAUAUUACUAGUGUACCAGCUAAUAAUGCGUCCCUCGUUGCCCUCAUCCGGCUGCGUAGCCAACGGUGAUGUGCGACCACACAAAUCCGAACUCACAACCGUCCCGGAAGCACAGUCGUCGCGAGACAUUGCACCGCAGCCAAAUGCACACUCGGGCCCGGUGAAAUCUCAGACGACCGCAUCAAUGCCGGCUGGCGGCCAGUCCAAGUCCGCCGUGCCCUCCAAACCACUGCAGAGACCUCCCGUCAGCCUCCAGAAGCUUCCGUCGUCGGUUCCUGAUGACUCUGGCAAAGGAUCCGUUGCUUGGUCCAUACCAGUGCGUUCCUCGGGCUCGCAGGCAGUGCGAGCAGCCCCGCGGCGACCGCCAGGAAAGGUCGAGAUGGUCACGGUCUCGACCGAAACCGAUGAGAUUGAAGACCUUAUCCCGGUUACUGUCCCGGCCGCAGCAGUUGUAGAUCCAAAUGCAUCCGGUCCAGGCUCACCUGUGCCAGCCGAGGGAUCCGCCGAGUGUGCACCUCCGGCCAACAACGGCAACAACAGCAACAACGAGGCAUCCGUGGAUAGUGCCAGCCCUCCAGACGACAGCGCCGGCGACUCCUCGACUGCCUGCGAGUCUUCUGCGUCAGACAGCGACAGUCAAUCUUCUGUGGAUAGCACGCAGUCCCUUCGGCGCUCCAAGGCGACAUACCUUCGCCCCGCUGAUAGUCUUGACAUUGGCGAGGGUUGGGAUCCAUCGACCUUUGUCGAAAGGCCGCGGCAUCCUCCGAGCAUCAUGUACCCCUCAAAGCGGUCUCGGCUGCGUGCCAUCUCGCCACCGUGCAUACGCUGGCGAAAGUACGAGAAAUCGAUCGAGGGGGCCGUGGGAAGGCUGUCGGUAGCAUCGAGAAAGAAGCAAGAACACCCACCAAAGACCACUGACCCUGAGCCAGGACCUGAGCCCGUACCCGAGAAGCCUCCAACCGAGGAGGAUCUUAAAGAGUCGCUCAAAGCCAAGAUCCUGCAAGACAUUGAAGAGAAAGCCAGGAUAUGGCUCAUCGAAAGCAUUGAGGAGCGAACCCGUCAGUGGGUCGAGGAGCAAAAGUCCAAGCUCGAUGCGGUGCUCAAGGACGGAGAGCAAGUGCCCUGGAGCUCGCCCGAGGUUGCUCGGAAAGCCGCUGCCUCACUCCAGGAUGCCGGCGGAUUGCGACCUGCGCCUCGGAGCAUGGGCGACAAAGCGACAGAGGAAUCCCCUGAGGCCAGGAGGAGGCGGCCCAGGGAGACGGCUGCUCCCUCUGUGGCCGAGCCCAUCAAGUCGAUCAUGAAGUCGACUCAGAAGGAGCAUGCUUCCGGCAAACGCAGCCACAAACACAGCAAUUCGCACUCUUCUGCCCCCAAAGGCUCCGAACCUAGUUUCCCGACCAAGCCCAGGGUUCGCAUCGUCACCGGCCUUACCAAGUCCCGGUCGCAGGAGAGCCUCAGCAAGCUUCCGCCCAUCGAUCCCAGAUAUGCCAGCGUCAUGGCAGCAGCAGGAUACCCCUACCUCCAGGGCUAUCCGGAUCCACGGCUCGCUGGGUACCGCUCUGACCGUCCAGGAUACUACCCUGCCGCCCCCGAGCACUGGGGCGGGUAUCCUCCCGAGAUGGUUGCUGCUGCCUCGCUGCCCAGGCUCUUUCCGCUGCGGCGAUCGUCGUCGAUGGCUUCGGCUCCUGUGCUUCCAGGCACGCUGGGAGUACCCAUGCCCUUCUUUCCGCCCCCUCUGGCUUCAGAUGGAUACUCCAAGUCGCGGCCCAUCAAAUCUCUGUCGUUUCCAGGGGCAUCGUCGGGCGGCUUUGGUUCUCGGCCCCACAAAAGCGGCGCUGUUCCUGGCUGGGGUGCUCACGGGCCUGGUCGACAAGGCGGACUGCAACCGCUGCCAUCGCAGUCCUAUGACCGGGGCUAUCAGUUUUCCCGGAUGCAGGGGCCGUCUGGUCUUGCAAAAUCAACACCACGCCUCGCAAGGUCGUCUUCGCAUCGGCAUCCGAAGGGCAGCGCCCGAGGACGUCCCGAGGCCCGCAUUUCAAUAGGAUCGUACUCUCGGCCUCGCUCGAACGGCUCGCGGUCUCGCUCACGCUCAAAGUCCCAGGCCCACGGCCGUCUCGGACAGCGCUCACAGUCGAUGUCGAGGUCGAGAUCGAAGUCCCGACCAAGGUCCCGAUCACAAUCCGGGCUGGUGCCUCUCGGACGAUCAUGGUCGCUGAACAGCCAACAGCCUUCCAAGGAGUCGAGGACAUUGGGCGCACUCCAGCAGCCGCCGUUUCGGCUGGCCAACUCUUGGACAUACGACGUCGGCCGGUGAGCCGAGUAAAGUCUGCUUUCAUCGUUC